GCGGGCCGGCGGCCUGGGGAGGCGGCGGGGGCCGCUGACCGCGCCGGGGCCGCGGGAGGAGGAGGUGGUGGAGGCGGCAGCAGCGGCGGGGGACGGUGCGGGGCGGCCGCGGAUUGGAACCGUGGCUGGAGCUGCCUGCCUCCCUGUGCCCAGAAGAUGACCAGGUUGCUCUUGGGGGUGACCCUGGAAAGGAUUUGCAAGGCCGUGCUGCUGCUCUGCCUGCUCCACUUUGUCAUCAUCAUGAUUCUCUACUUUGACGUCUACGCGCAGCACCUGGACUUCUUCAGCCGCUUCAAUGCCAGGAACACCUCGCGCGUGCACUCCUUCUCCAACUCCUCUCGGCCCAACAGCACGGCCCCCAGCUAUGGCCCAGCUGGCGCUGAGCCCCCAUCCCCCAGCGCCAAGCCCAACACCAACCGCUCUAUCACAGAGAAGCCCUUGCAGCCCUGCCAGGAGAUGCCCUCCGGCUUAGUUGGGCGCCUGCUCAUCGAGUUCAGCUCCCCUAUGAGCAUGGAGCGAGUGCAGCGGGAGAACCCCGAUGUGAGCCUGGGUGGCAAGUACACCCCCCCAGAUUGCCUGCCCCGGCAGAAGGUGGCCAUCCUCAUCCCCUUCCGGCACCGCGAGCACCACCUCAAAUACUGGCUGCACUACCUGCACCCCAUCCUGCGCCGGCAGAAGGUGGCUUAUGGCAUCUACAUCAUCAACCAGUAUGGUGAGGACACCUUCAACCGGGCCAAGCUGCUCAACGUGGGCUUCCUGGAGGCACUCAAGGAUGACGAGGAGUACGACUGCUUCAUUUUCAGCGACGUGGAUCUCAUCCCCAUGGAUGACCGCAACCUGUACCGCUGCUAUGAGCAGCCACGGCACUUUGCUGUUGGCAUGGACAAGUUUGGGUUCAGGUUGCCCUAUGCAGGGUAUUUCGGUGGUGUCUCUGGGCUGAGCAAGUCCCAGUUCCUAAAAAUCAAUGGCUUUCCCAACGAGUACUGGGGCUGGGGAGGAGAGGACGAUGACAUCUUUAACCGGAUCUCCCUGAAUGGCAUGAAGGUGUCGAGGCCCGACAUCCGCAUCGGGAGGUAUCGCAUGAUCAAGCACGAGCGCGACAAACACAACGAGCCCAACCCGCAGAGAUUCACCAAGAUCCAGAACACCAAAAUGACCAUGAAGCGGGAUGGGAUCAGCUCACUGCAGUACCGGCUGGUGGAGGUGUCACGCCAGCCCAUGUACACCAACAUCACAGUGGAAAUUGGCAGGCCGCCCCCACGCUUGGCCCGGGGCUAGUGCUUGCCCUGCAGGCGAAGCUGCAUGGAGCUGGUGCUCUGUGCCAGGGCUGGCUGGACGCUGUGGAUGUUGCCCCAGCCCCCGGGCAAGGACUAAACGGGGAUGUUUUCUGCCUACUCUGCUGCCUUUUGGAGACGGCUGUGCCCUAGCCCACCUGUUGGUCCUGAGGAUUUCUUCAAUCUGUUGUCCCCCCCCCCUUUCCCCAUCCCUACAAGUGUGUUUCCAGAACCCCCAUACUAUGCGUGUUGGCUGAAACACCCAUCUGCCCUGCGCGCAGCUCCCAGACACAGGGAGGGGACAAUCCCAGCCCCGGUGAGGAGCCUCUUGCCCAUGCCAGCUCCUGCCUGCACCCUGGGAGGGAAGAAUGAGCCCCAAGGUAAGCCUAGCACCCAGUCCCCACCGGUGCUGCGAGAAGCGGGGUGCAGGCUUCCCCCUUCACCAGUGCUGGAGCUGGUUACUACCCUGGCUGAAGGUGUGGGGAGUUGCCCAGGCCCACACAACAGGCAGGAUCAGACACAGAUGUGGCUCGCUGUCUUCCUCUGCUUUAGUCUGGUGCUCAGGGCUGGGUCUCAGCUCUGCUAAACAGCGACCUCUGGUUAGCAAAUACCCCUCGCUGUGCCUCAGUUUCCCCGGGGCUGGCAGCCACGUCCCCUUUCCCCUCUCAGAAGGCAGAUGCUGUGUGCGUGUCCCUGUUAACCCACACGUGCACCAGCUCUCCGCUCUUUGGGCAGUAGGGUGAUGUGAAACCUCAGAGCCCCUCUUGGCCAAGGGGCUGCCCCAGAGCUCUCUCCACCCAGAUGCUGUUUGCAGGCAGUGGGGACUGGCUGGCUCUGCCCUUGCUGCUCUCCAACUUCCCCUCUCCAGCUCUGGGGCAGGGAGGAGAGGACAGGGCCAUGCGGGGCAGGUGCCCCAUCUCUCCCCAUUUCCCCUCCUUGGAGCUGGGGGCACAGCCACCCCCCUGCAGCCAGCUGGAAGAGCUGUGCAGCAGGGGCACUGGCAACUUUUGUACAUUUGAAUGUCUGACCCUUUUUUUGAGCGUACGUUGAAUGCAGCAUUCGGUCGUAGAGACCUGGGUUUUUGUAUUUAAUAAAAAUUUCAAAAGUUCACAGGAUUCCUAGUGGGAGAUCAGCAUGGGCAAGGGGUAGUUUCUGUCAGCUGGUGAGGUAGGUAUGCCAUGCGUCUGCUGCAUGUGCACCAGGCAGAACACCAGGCUGGCCGUAUGGUGCUUGCUGGGCAAGGAGGUGGAAGAGCACAGCCUGUAGCUGCAAGUCAAGGUGGGCACAGGCUCUGCAACCCUUCAGCCAGGGGCUGGGGAACGAGGUCCCCACUUUCUCCCCUCCCAACACUCACAGCUGGCCCCUCCUUGGUCAGCCCCUGGUAUCACCUGUCCUGCAGAGGGCCCUGCUACCCAUCUUG